AUGGAACCGCAACUGGAACCUGUUCAGGAGAAGAAACAGCAGGGGCGGGUUCCGGCUAUGGCUCCGACUGUAGCUCUAGUACUAGCUCUGGAGUUAGCUCAGGCUCAGGCUCAGGCUCAGGCUCAGGCUCCCGUUAACGUUCAGGGUCAGAGUCAGACACCACUAUCCGCUCCAGCUGUGACUGGCUGCGGCUGCAGCUGCGGCUCGACCACGGGCACUACUUCUGUGUUCGCGUCUCCCUCACCACGACGUGAAAUAUAUAUGAUGCACGUGCUGAGUAUGGUGGCUAUGAUCCCCAUCAAGAGAAUUAUGUCCACUACCCAGGCUACCUUUUUCUUGCAACAACCCCUUCUUUUCUUCGGAGAGUUGGAAGAGUCAUAUAGUUGA